CCAGAUUCCAAUUUUCGUUGAGCUUCUGGGAUUCCAGUUCCUCAGUUCGAUAUUCACUCUACCUUGGGAAUACCUGAAAUACAAGCGAACUCCGAGUUGAAGUCUAGCUAGAUCUUCAAGGCCGCACCCUUAGCCAAGGCCCGUCCAAGUCCCCAUCCCAACCCAGCAUAUCGCGGGAAGGUCUGACGUAAUUCCGGGGCUUGCAGCGACGCUUGUUUGGAAAGCUGACAGAUCCGUGUUGCAUAUCGUUUUCGAAGCUUACUAGAAGCUGUCGACAGCGUCCCCAAGGCCGGGAAGCUUGGACACGGCCGGGAUCGUCGGGAUCUUCGAAAUCGUCGGGAUUGUCGCGAUCCGCGAGGUUGUCGGGAUCGUCGGGGUUGUGUCGUCAUGGCAGCUGCGAGUCCCGCAGAGUGGUACAAUUCUCUGCCGCCGGUCAGCAAGGCGUGGGGCACGGCUCUAUUCGCGACGGCAUGCGCCAUGCAGCUGAAAGUGCUGCCAGUGCAGCUCAUUUUCCUCGACUACACGCUCAUAUUCCAGAAAUUUCAGAUAUGGCGUCUCGUUACAAGCCUCCUCUUUGCAGGUGGUUUCAGCAUGAGAUUUGUCUUCACCCUCCUCAUGGUGGCUCGCUACUGUGUACAGAUGGAGACGUCCGCCUUCGCAGGAAGAACAGCGGACUUCCUCUACAUGCUGAUGGUCAACACGCUCAGCCUGCUGCUCAUCGCGCUCAUCAUCCCCUUCAAAAUCUUCUUCCUCAGCGAGCCGCUGCUGCUCUCCGUGCUCUACCUGUGGAGCCGAGAGAACCCCAACGGUGUCGUCAACUUCAUGGGGCUCUUAUCCAUGCCGGCGUUCUACCUCCCCUGGGCGUACCUGUUCAUGGACCUGCUCUUUGGCAUGAGCAUCGUUGACCCGCUAGCCGGCAUUGUGGCCGGCCACAUCUACUACUUCCUCACGGCCGUGUAUCCCAGGACAGGGGGACCCCAGCUCAUUCACACGCCUCUUUGGGUCCACCGGCUCGUGGCACAGUGGGCGGCUGUAGCGCCAAACAUGGUGCAACCACAGGCACCUCCGCGGGCCAACCAGGGUGCGCCACCUGGCGGCCGCGGGCCUGCAGCAGGAGCAGCGGGAGGGGCGGCAGCAGCAGCAGGGGCUGGUGGUGGUGCUGUGUUUAGGGGGCGAGCAUACAGGUUGGAUAGAGAUUAGGGUAGCAGCAGCAGCAGCAGCAGCAGCAGCAGCAGCAGCAGCAGCAGCAGCAGCAGCAGCAGCAGCAGCAGGAGUUGGUGAUGGUGCUGGCUCUGAGUCUGGUGGUACUGCAUUUCGGGGGGACAACUACUAGAUUGAACUGGGGCCCCAUUAUAUCCGGGUACAAUGCCCUGAUUACCCCGAUUUUCAGGCCGUUUUUUAUGCUGGGCUGAUUCUCCAGGCUUCGGAGAACCCUCACUUCAAAAAAAGGUGUAGCUUUGUUCCAAUCCAGGUUCGCGGACCUGCGGCCCAGUGCAGCAAGGCAGGGCAACAAGGCAACUAUCCUGAAACCAAUAACUCCAAGCCCAUCGUGCAUAACAGGCACAAUUUCUGCCACACCCCUGUAAUUCUGCCAGCGAGGGCAGUCUGCCACCCACUCACUCACAUGCACUUAUAGUGCAGCGGUGGUAGCAUUUGUUAUUGUUGUUAUGGUCAGCAGCACCCUGUUGACGAACAGGCUGUUCAAUCAGGCUUGAAAUAAUGUUCACUGAUAAACCAUGCCACGGGAGUUCGCUACCUCAGGUGCCAGGGUGUUUUGGCCCGCUGCUGACCCUGGCUUCGAAGGGUGCGACAAAUUUCAUUUUGGGUCCAUGCCGGGAUUACGGACGAGGCCGCUUGGAGCUACAGAACCAUCCAUGGCUCUGUGCAACAAUGUAGGGGGUGGCUCCCCUUACAGUCCUGCAGUGUUUAGGCACACACGAGCU